AUAGCUGGAGAGAUGGAUGGCCAUUUCAAAUUAUAAUACGUUUAAUUUUUGGAAUAAACAUGUCAAAAUGAUUUUGGAAGUUCUUGAGUAAAAGACCCACAAACUCUGCUGUUAAAGGGUUAUUUUGUUGCCAGUGGUGCUAAAGAGGCUUGAAUUUGCUGUUUUGCAAAAUUUAUGGGAUGUCAAGGAGGUGGUCUGUGAACAUCAUUAAGUUUUGUUUUUCACUGAAAACACUAGUGAAAAGAGAAACAAGUUACUCAGAAUGGGAUGUACUUGUCAUUCUUAUUCAUGCUUUAUUCUUGGAGGUGAUAUAUAAAGCUUUAUUUUUAUGCUAGAGGAAAUCAAUUAAUGUAGCACAUAGUUGAGUGAUCACUUUAUCACGUAUUGUGUUAGUUUGAAUUCUCCUUUUAUUAGGGUCAUCUUUACUUUUUCUUCCAUUCUGUUGUCUCCCAAAGCUGUAACAGAUUCCUCUCUAUAGGUUAGGUAGAUCAAAUGCUGAGACAUGCAUCUAUGUCGGCAGUUGCAGGCCUGUUUAGCAAUCUCCGUAGCCAUGGUCAAGUUUCUAGUGUGUUUUGGUUACUACAUUCAGAUCUUCAUGAAGUAGUUGUUACUGCAUCUUUGGAAUAUAUGUCCUCUAUGGUGGCUAGUGUAGAACCAUUGCAUCAAUUAGAGAAUGGACAGAGAGGUGAUUCAGAAAAUGCCUCUUUAACUGAGGAGAACUUAAACAAUGGAAAGUUUCAUGUCCAAUUUAAGCAGAGGAAUGGACGUGUUCGGGUGAUGUUGGAAGAAUUUCACAUUGAGCAGUCAGGCAUCAGCUUUAAGUCUUCUUCAUCUGAAGGAGUAAUUAAUCAAGGUCUUUUACCGAAGGUUCAGUUCAGCCUGCAGUUGUUGGAGGAGGAGCGAAUUGAUAAGUCUAAUGUUGUGCUUCCUUUUGAGCAUCAAGGUAAUGGUACACCCAUUCAAAUUUAUGAUGGCCAAAAAUCUUUGGCGGAAGGCAAACAUGAGACAGCAUUUGUUUCUGCCAGAAAAUCAGAAACAAAUGAAGACUAUGAUGGAAGGGGUGAGAUAAUUUAUUUUCGUGACUCCGAUGAUGAGAUGCCAGAUUCUGAUGAGGAUCCUGAUGAUGAUUUGGAUAUUUGACUGUAUUGGCUCAAUUAGCAACCAUGAAUUCGUGCCCGCUGUUGGAAAUUAGACAAUUGGAACUAGGCAAAAGUUGGGUUGCCUUUAUCUCCAGUAAACUUAACCUCAGCUAGUUGGAAACAGUGACAUUGAAAGAAUGGCCAGAAUUCUCAUCAGGCCGACGAAAGUCAGAUUGGUAUUGGGGCAGGAUUGGAGUUUGGAGAAUUAUGAGGUGAUAUCAUUAUCAAGUCUAUCCGGGGCUAUUUUGAUGGUGAAGUAGAGGUGCAUCUGUCUCAUACUGUUGUUAGUUUUGGAAAUAUCUUUUUUAGUUAUUUCAGGGCUGAGAUAGAAGAUAAUCUUGUAUCGCAUGAAGGCAUCUUUACAUUAUUCUAGUUCAGAAAAACAAAAUCUGUGUUGUUCUUUGGUUGGGAAGAAUAUUUUGUGUAUAUAUAUAACGUAUUAUGA